AUGGCUGGUACACAGAAAGAGAAGACACAACAUGAUCUGGACGACAAAAAGCUUGGGUCGUACCUGCAGCGAGAGAUACCCAAUCUAAAGACACCUGUAGUAUCGACAAAGAUCGGAUACGGACAAAGUAAUCCGACCUACUUUGUUGAUGAUGCCGCUGGUACACGCUACAUCCUCCGGAAGAAACCCAGUGGAACCAUCAUCUCACCCGUAGCUCAUCAAGUCGAUCGAGAAUACAAAGUAUUGAAAGCGCUAGGAACAGUUGAAGGCUUCCCGGUCCCGAAAGUAUACUGUCUAUGUAUGGACGCUUCAAUCAUCGGAACUGCUUUCUAUAUCAUGGAAUACAUCCACGGGCGCAUAAUAACAGAUCCUAAUCUUUCCACGCUCUCCAUCUCCGACCGCCGCGCCGCGUGGGAAUCCGUCAUAUCCACCCUGGCCUGGCUGCACUCCAUCGACCCCGACACCAUCGGCCUAUCCUCCUUUGGCAAGAAAACCGACUUCUAUACCCGCCACUGCAACACCUUCUCCCGUAUCGAGGCUCAACAAGCUCAAGUCCGCGAUGUCGCUACCGGCCAACAACUCGGUCGCGCACACGCCCAUUUUGACGAAAUCGUAGCUUACAUACGAAGCCAUCUACCCAGGGAACGUACUUGCAUCAUCCAUGGUGACUACAAGUUCGAUAAUAUCAUUCUACAUCCUACGGAGCCGAGAGUCAUUGCUGUGCUGGAUUGGGAGCUGAGUACGUUGGGGCAUCCGCUCAUGGAUGUUGUUUAUGUGACUGGUCCAUAUUGGAAUCGGGCUAGUAAAAGUGGGAUUCCUGGGGGACCUACGGUGCAGCAGGUGGUGAGGGAUGAUCAGGGAGGAGAUGUUUAUGAUGAGGAGAAUUUAGCGGAGAAUGGGUUGCCGGGGAUGGGGGAAUUGCUGGAUGUGUAUGAGCAGAAGGCGGGCUGGGAUCCUAGAGGAGAUAGAUGGGAUGUUGCGAGGGUUUUUCAUUUGAUGAGAGGAAGUGUGAUAAGCCACGGCAUCCAAGCACGAACCAUCAGUGGACAAGCCAGCAGCUCUUUCUCCCACGUGUACUUUGAGAACACCAAACGAGGACUUGAUGAAGCGCUUAGGCUGGUAAGGCAGAUGAAAGAACAGGAGGCACCAAAGAGCUCGCUGUAG